AUGUCUACUACAACAACUAUUCCUACUCCUCCGGUUAAAAAACCUACUGGUAUUCAAUUAUAUACACCUGAAUUCUACGCAGCAUGUACACUUGGUGGUAUUGUUGCAUGUGGUCCGACACAUUCAUCAGUAACACCAUUAGAUUUAAUUAAAUGUAGAUUACAAGUGAAUCCAAAAUUAUACUCAGGUAAUUUAGCAGGUAUUAAACAAAUUUAUGCAAAGGAAGGUAUUUCAAAAUUAUUUACAGGUGUUGGGGCAACAUUUGUUGGUUAUUCUUUACAAGGUGCAGGUAAAUAUGGUGGUUAUGAAUUUUUUAAACAUACUUAUGCAAAGGCAAUUUGUGGUGAUAAUAUUGAAAAAUUCCAUAAACAUAGAGUGGGCAUUUAUUUAAUGGCAUCAGCUACAGCAGAAUUUUUAGCAGAUUUAAUGUUAUGUCCCUUCGAAGCAAUUAAAGUGAAACAACAAACAACUAUACCUUCAUUCUCCAGAGGUUUAUUGGAUGGUCUUCAAAAGACAAUCAAAUCAGAUGGGUUUGCUUCAUUAUAUAAAGGGUUGGUACCAUUAUGGUGUAGACAAAUUCCAUAUACAAUGGUGAAAUUUACUUCAUUUGAAAGAAUUGUUGAAGGAAUAUAUUCCUAUCUACCAAGAACUAAAUCUGAAAUGUCGAUAUUACAACAAAUUGGUGUUAGUUUCACAGGUGGGUACUUAGCAGGGAUCUUAUGUGCAAUCAUUUCUCAUCCUGCAGAUGUUAUGGUGUCUAAGAUUAAUAAUGAAAAGAAGAUGGGACAAACUAUGGCUCAAGCUUCUAAGAGAAUAUAUCAACAGAUCGGAUUCAUGGGUCUAUGGGUUGGUCUACCUGUAAGAAUCUUUAUGAUUGGUACUUUAACAAGUUUCCAAUGGUUGAUAUACGAUUCAUUCAAAGUCACUGUUGGUUUACCAACUACAGGUUAA